CUUUCGUACUUCGUCACUAUAUCUCUUCAAAAUGGUACAAUCUGGGCUUGCCAAGGUUUUCUUGGCUUAAGGAAAAAAAUAGGCUGGGCAAGAAAAUGUUCAAAGAUCUUUCGUGGGACGCGAGCUAGCAACAAUGGCCACCAGUGAGCUAGCCUGCACUUACGCCGCUCUAGUCCUCCACAACGAUGGAAUCGCUGUCACCGCUGAGAAGAUCUCAACACUGGUGAAAACAGCCAAUUUAAACAUUGAAUCAUACUGGCCUAGUCUCUUUGCCAAGCUUUUCCAGAACAAAAAUAUGGAUGAUCUCAUCAUGAAUGCUGGUGCCUGUGGAUCUGCUGGUUCUCCCAUGGCCGUUUCUUCUUCUUCAUCUUCAUUUGGAAGUGCCACUCAAGCUUCCCCAGUAGCUGAAGAGAAAAAGAAGGAGGACGUGAAGGAAGAGAGUGACUGAUGAUUUUGUAUCCGGCUUCUUUGACUCAGAAGCUUUAAUCUACCUCUUCAAGUAUUUUCUUUGAAGGCAAUUGUGUUUAGGCGGCGACUAAAUUUUGUAAGAUUUUUUCAUUAAUCUUAGGAAAUCCAUAUGUAAUUUAACUUGGUACAUACAUGAGUUUUAAGCCUAUUCUUUUAUAUUAAUCAAUGCAACGAUUUUGG